CUUGUAGUUAACGAUGUUAUGAGGAAAUAAAUUGCAUCGAAACUGUACAAAUUAUCCAUAUUUUUAUUCGAAUCGAACAACAGGGUUAUGAGGCUCCAAUUUCGAAGUCUCGUUAUUCAUAAAUAUUUUUUCAGUGUUUUUAGUUUAAUUUGUGUAUUACACAAUGGCUGAAAAAUGUAAGGAAUGUGGCUGCAAAUGUGUAAGCUGCAAUCAAAAUGAUCAGCAACAUGGAGACAUGCACUUGCAUGUAGAAAUAGAAAAUCUACGCCAACGUCUGAUGGAAAGGGAUAGUCAUAUUGUAACAAUGGAGACACAAUUUUUGAAUGAGGCUGAUAAAUUUCCAAAUGGAGAAUUGGCCUCCAUGAAGGAAGAACUAUUAAUCUGGCAAGAAAAAUAUGCAAGAUUACAUGAGGCCCAUAAACGUAUUCAGAAAGUAAAUCAAAAUCUUGAAGAUAAAUUAUUGAGGAUUGUAGAUAAAUGUGAAACAGAAAAAAGUGCUUUUACUAAGGAUAUUGCAACUUUAUCUCAUAGAUUAGCUGAUGCAAACUAUACUAUACACCGUUUAACCCAAGACAAUGAAAAAUAUAGGAAUGAUGUAAAUUUGGCAAUACAACUUCUUCAAUGUAAACCUGCUAAUUUUGUUGGACAAAAAUAUGAUUCUUUACCUUCUGAAGUUCAAGCCAAAGUUAGGACAUAUGUUGCACAAAAGAAACGUUCCAUUGAUGCUGCACCUCCUGAUGUAAAAAGUAUUACAGUACCAAUUUCAACAUUUCCUCCAACAGCAAUGGUAUAUAAUGUAACUAAGCCUGCAGCUGACAAACUCAGUGAUGAUGAUACAGAUGAAUCCAAACCACCAGUGGACAUUGUCUCAGCGGCGAUAAUGGCGAAAGUUUUAGAAGAUCGGGAGAAAGAAAGAGUAUUUGGCAAGCAUUGCGAUACGUGUACUUGUCACAGAAGUAUUUUAAUGAUCGAUGCUGAAACACAAACUAACGUGCCAGAUACUUUUUCUUGCAAUGAAUGUACAAUGAAGUAUGCACAAAAUGUAGAGAAACAUUCUGAUAAUAUAAAAAGUAUGGAUAAAAAUUACCAAAAUAAAGAAAGUCAAAACUCUAUGCUGCACGUAGUUUACCAGGAGGUAAAUGAAAAUAUUAGUAGUAAAGUACAAUACCAGAUUAAUUGUACAAAGAAUAGUAACUAUCAACAGUUAUGCACAAGAGAUAAAUGUGUAAGUAGAAAUGGUAAAAUUUUAGACAGUUUAAAGGAGGAUAGCCGCGUAAAUGUUAACACGAAAGCCAGCUUAAAUAAGAAGAACUCAAUGCGCCGUAACGAUUUGCAACUCCAAAGUGCAUUUCAAAAUCAAAGCGAAAACACGACGAAGCAAGUAAUGCCACAAAAACUUAGCGAAACAUUUGGCAACGGUAAAAUGAAUUUUGAUAAGGGAAAACAAGCGAAACUGAAUAAAAAGUGCGAGUUAGUGCAAGUCGAUGCUAAAUUCAAUGCAAAUUCUUGGAACAAAUUGGAAAAGAAAUCCUCCAAUUGUAGUCACAUAGUUCCUGAAAAUUCUAAAAAUUACUUCUGUGGGAAAGAACAGACCCACAUCGAUAUUAUUAACGAUAGACUGUGGAAAAACGAGUGGACGAAAUUGAAGACACAAACUAAUACGAAAGAAAGUAAAGAGAAAGUUAACGGUGAUAUAGAGAUCGAUAUAAUUAAUGAUAGAUCCUGGAAGAACGAUAAACCAGCACAAGAGACCUAUCAUCCAGCGCAAUUAACUUUAAUAGAAGUUAAGAACAUUGAUAGUGUUGUGCACCAAAAUGAUUCUGGACAAAUGGAAGUGGCCACUAGUCCGAGUUUUAGUAGCGAUAGUAUAGUAAUUUCAACUUCCGAUCCUUCCAGUAGUUCUAGUGAUGUCGUUCAAUCAACCGGAACGCGUUUGCACAAUACUGGUAACUCGAAACCUAAUAGUCAAAAUCGAAUAACUGGUCCAAGGAACUGUCUCGUCAGAGUCACGCCUGGGUCGAAGAAUAUUCUUUUAGAUAAUGCUGGACAUUAUAAAACUGUAUUAUACACUAGUGGAAGUAAUAAACCAAAUACCGCUUUAGUUCAUUCGAAAAAAUUGUCUCGAUCUGGAUCUGAAAGAUCAAUUUCAACCAGUAGCGAAGAAAGCUCUCCGAUGUUGCUACAUGACAAUAAUCAGUUACAAAGAGUAGCCGAAUGGGUUCAGUCCUCUGUUCACAUGGACAAUUCCGGGCCGAAUUACACGGAGAUAAAGCCUAAUGAGAACGUAACGAACAAAAAUUCUCCGUUGAUGUAUUUAAACGAAUCGCAAACAAAGUCUAAACCGAUCGAAAACAAUCGAGAGCUAUACGAGGAUUCAUCGGAAAAUAAGUGCGACAAUUUAAUGGUACAUGUCCAAGAGUUUGGAGAAGAAAAAUUGAACAAUGGUGUAAAUAAUUUUUCAUUGGAUGCAAAUUUCAUUGACGCAGAAAAAGAAAAAGAUCUAAUAUCUUUCGACGUUCCAACCGAUGAGGAGAAACCGUUGCCUAAAAUCAUUGCGAAAAAAGCGGACACUGUGGAUAUCGAUUACGAAGUGAAGAUCACUAAAGAAAUGGAAGAAACUUAUUUGAAACUUGCAGCGAGUUUAGAUCCUGUUACUUUAAGCUUGUCAAACACGGAUAAGGCAGAUAUAACGAUCGAGAAAUAUAGGAAAGAUCAUAAGAGGCUUCAGAGGAGUUACGAUAAGGCAGGAUCAAAAGUGUAAAGUAUUCCAGCAGAUAUUUAAAAAAAAAAAAAAAAAAGAAAUUAUUACUAUUUCAG